UCCCUAAAACCUCUGCCCUAAUUUCCCUCCGGCGCUCUUCGAUAUCAUCGAGAUGCCGAAGAAUCUGGAACCCGAGAAGUCCGUCCAAUUCGACUCCGAUUCCGGCGAGGAGGAAGAGGAUUCCUCUUCAUCCGACAUCGGCAGCUCCUCCGACACCGAUUCCUUACCGGAGGAUGCCGGAAUUGAGAAGAACAAGUCGUCGUCGUCGUCUUUGCCGCUGGUAGUCCAGAAGAAGCCCCCUCCGGAAUCCGCCGGCAAAUUCUCUAAGAAUCUAUUAUCUUCCUCCGAUGACGAGGAAUCGGAGACGGAAUCCGACGAUCCAAACCCCAGCGCCGUGAAGCCACUUGCUUCCAAACCCUCCGGCGCUGGUAAAAACCCUAGAUCGAAAUCAGCGGCUCCGGAGGCCGUCGCUCCGGUUAAUUCGGCGGGCGCGAAGCGCCCGGCUGAGGAUAAGGAAUCUGCUGCUCCGGAGGCGAGGAAGAAGAAGAAGCCGCCGGAGGCGGCGCUGGUGCCGGUGCCGGUGCCGGCGCCCCAGCCCCAGCCCCAGCCUCAAUCCCAACCCCAACCCCAACCUGACGCUGAUCCAGAAGUCGAAAUUCUGGAGAAGAAAUCGGGGGAAGAAUCGAAGAAGCUUUUUCAGAGGCUGUGGAGCGAAGACGACGAGAUCUUCCUUCUGAAAGGCAUAAUGGAGUACAGAAGUACGGUUGGAGCUGAUGCGCUGUCUGAUCUGGACAACUUCCAUGAAUACAUCAAAGGAGAUUUACAUGUGAAAGUGUCGAGGGUUCAGCUGCUGGCGAAAAUCCGGAGGAUGAAAAGGAAGUUCAAAAACAAUCGGAACAAGGAGAAGGAUGGGAAAAACAGGGUCUUUUCGAAGUCUCACGACCAGAAGGCUUAUGAUCUGUCGAAGCAAUUGUGGGGAAACGAGACAGGAAAGGCUAGGGGUAGAAAGCCGUAUUCUACUUCCAAAGAUUCUGGACAAUCGGCACCGCAGAGGAAGAAGAAGGCGAGUAAUGAGGCCGAGAUAAUGGCCUCGGGUAUUUUGAGUAUGGACAUUCUGAAUGGUGGUCAGAGUAAGUCGGCCAACUUUAUGACCGUUCAUCAGGAGGUGCUGAAGGAUGGGCAGCAGCUGUUUGGGUGGGACGGAAAGGCCUGCGGGGGAGAGUGGCGGAGGCUGAAGAUCGAGGAGCUGGAGGUGCACCUGAGGAAGCUGGAAUUGAUGGUGCAGCAGACAAAGAUGGUUGUGGAUUUCUUGAAGUCGGAGUAGGAGGAAGCUCUUGGAGGAUGAAUUCUACCGAGCAUUGAGGUAGAAACUUGGAUACUGCAAGCUAAUGAUGUUCGUCGUUUAGUUUAGUUGACUUUGGUACUUUAUUGUGGAUUUCUCAGCUCUGUGCUGUUCAGUUUAAGUGUUUUCUUACAUGAUGAUUUGUGUGUAGCAUGUUCAGGGCAAGUGGUCUUAAUUAAGGUAGUUUUUAUUGUUGUCGAACUUGUCGGGGUAUUUGUUUGUUGUGGGAAUAUAUGCAUGGAUAGAAUUGGUUUCUUGUCGGUUAAUGAAACGUGGCAGCAUGGGGUGAGAUAGAUAUUCGAUUUGGAUUAGUUAUAACGCUAAAAUUUAGCCCAUUGUGAAGUUAUAAAUGUUGUUUUUGGUGAAUGCCGCCAUUUUUUUCCGUUAAGGCGUGGGGCAAGAUGGAUAUCUGAUUUGGAUUAGUUCAUUAUAACUGUUGAGCUUUUAUGAUAGUGAAGUCAUAAAUUUCA